AUUCAGUACGUUCGUGAUCUUUGAAACGCCGAGACGCGACUCGUCGAGUUUGUAUGUCGGUCGGUGCUUUCGAACCCGUGGGGUUAUUUGAGCGGAUUCUUUCCUUUGGUUUCGCGCGGGUGGCAAACCUGUACUUUGCUCAGCAAAGGACAUCCGAAAUUUCGGUCAGCGCACGACGACGGUUAUUAUCGGGUAGUGAUCCGUGGGACGUUAUAGGCAGUGGAAACAAGCCGAACAAGGAUAUGCCGAGCGAACGGCUUCCAUGGGAAGUAAUAAGAGGCGAAAAUAGCAAUAAUUUAUAGCUGCUCAGCCGAUUAAGGACACCGCGCUGAACAGGACCAGAAGUUUUUCUUCUAUGCUACCCCCUUCUUGGGGUUCAGUAUGCAAGAGCUACAUGUGGAAUUGGGUGACUAGAAUGAUGAUUACACCACUAUGCUGCGGCUGAUGGGAAAGCUGAUGAUGACAAUGAUAAUGAUUAUGAUGGCUGUCUAGAGUGUGUCGGUGAGUGUACGUUGGGGGUAUUGAUAUCGCCUCCGAGGGCGACCAGGAUCGGAACAGCGUCACAUCGAGGACGCCGGAAGAGAGAGCCGGAAGUGACAGAGAAAAGUAAGGUGAUAUUAGAAAUGAAAAUUGCUACGUUCAAUCGUGUUUUAUGUAAUCGGAUUGUGGAACGGGAGCGUGUGUGAUCAGAGUGUAAAGUGCUCACCGAUUACUCAAUCAUCAUCGAAAGCAUGGUGGGAAAAUGUGAAAAUGCUGAAGGUUGCUGAAAUACCGUUAGGCAAACUGAAUGAUAAUAAUACAGGGAAGGUUGCCCGUGAAGGUGGAAACGGAAAAUGAUUUAAAGUAAUCCUUGGAGUGAGACCGCUAGCGACAAGUCGGGUGACGCGACAAGAUCGUGAUAAAAGUGUGCUUGUUUUAAACCAGCCAGGUUGGUUAGGGUUUGGCGAGUGUUAUCCUUUAAUUGAGUACUCAAGUGAGUUCAUUUAAAAUUCAUGGAAUAAAUUAUGCGAUAUUUUCGCUUUUAUAUGAAAACCGCGGCUUAUCGUCAUUUGUGCUAGCACGGUAUCUACGUUCGCGGUACGAUAUCGUGUUUGAUGUGCUUGAUGCUGUGGUUAUCAUAGAUGAAAAUUGGUGCUCUGAUCCAUCUGCUGAUGUUGCCGUCGCCUGCUGCUGAUAUCCAUGGUCAAGCUGUCAUGUUGGAGAACUCUACAAAGCUCUCUGAUAAAUCGAAAUACUACCCCAUGAAGUGGCAAACAACAAGAUACGACGAUGAAACAAUGUGUCUAACGUUGACACUCCAUCCAUUGAAAUGAAGUAAGAUCCUGCAUGCUCGAUCCCUGUGAAUCCUGUGAAAAUGUGUCUAUCGAGUGAUAAAUAAGCCUAAACAGUGAGAAGCAGUCAGUAGAUCGAAUGUAAAUUGCGUGGCUCCUAUAGGCAUACGCAAGUGGAUUAAGGAAAAAAAUGAAGCCAUAAAUUUGAUAUUCCUGCACUGAUAGCGAAAUGCGAAGGCAAACAACGAACAUUGCUAUUGCAAACCGAGUGAAUGUGAAACGAAGUGUUUAUGUUCAUGAUUGAUCCAAUUUUUUUUCUUCUUGACGGCAAAUCUGACACGUGAUGACAUUCCGCCGGCAACCUGAAUAUUGUUGCGGAGAAGUGUCACUGUUGGACACUUUUCCGGUGGAACACAGUAGGCCAUGUGCAGUGCCGUUGGUCGAAGGAGCCCGUCAGGGGAAGCGUACUGGCGGGAAAAGCGCACUGAGUGCUUCAAGUAGUGAUAGAGUGUUAAAUAAACCAAAGCUCACUUCGUCCGAUAGCAGAACGGAAAUGGCAAAACGAACAGCAGUGUUGUUGACGGUGGUUGCCCUGGUGACGACAUUUCCAGUCAGCAAUGGAAGCUACGCCGACACGGAAGAUUUCAUCAACGAGCUCGACAGACCAAUCCCCAUAACGAUGGUGAGCGGUGUGCUCGGCAAGCAGGCAAGUCUUCCGUGUGACAUCCGACCGCUGGAGCGUGACGAUGCCGUGUACAUGGUGCUAUGGUUCAAGGAAGAGGACAACGAACCGCUGUACAACUUCGACAUCCGUGGCCGCCAGAUUGCCCAGGCGCGGCUUUUCUCUUCCGAAAAGUAUUUCGGUAAGCGGGCAUUUUUCCGGGCGACGAGCCAUCCGGCGCAGCUGCUGGUGGACGACCUGAAACUGUCCGAUGAAGGGGUCUACCGGUGCCGGGUGGAUUUUCGGAACUCGCCCACCCGGAAUGUUAAAAUCAACUUCACAGUUGUAGUUCCGCCGGAUCGGCCUGUUAUCUACGAUGCCAGGCGACGGGAGAAGACCAACACCGUUGAACCGUACAGCGAAGGCAGCGACAUACAGCUGGUGUGUGAGGUGAAAGGAGGUCGACCCCGGCCGAAUGUGACGUGGUACCUGGACAACAUGGUGAUAGACGAGUCGUACGAGACUCGACCAGACGGCACAACAGUCAAUCAUCUUUCAUAUCCGAACAUUGGGCGGCAGCACUUGGAUGCCCGAUUGAUGUGCGUGGCGAGCAACACCAACCUGACGCCUCCAAAUAACAAGGUUGUGGUGCUGGACGUUAAUCUGAAACCGGUUGCCGUGCACAUCAUGGUGAAGGAAAAAUUCGUAUCUGCGGAGAAGCACUAUGACAUCGAAUGCAAAAGUUCUGGCUCCAGGCCGGCUGCAACUAUCACGUGGCAUAAAGCGGGAGAUAAAAUUGUUAAAUCCAGCAAGAAUUUCGCCGAAACCGGUAAUCAGUCGCUGAGCGUUCUUUCCUUCACACCUAGGGUGGAUGACGACGGCAAAUACCUGACCUGCCGGGCGGAAAACACUCUCAUCCCGAACAGUGGCAUCGAGGACAAAUGGAGGCUCGUGGUGCAUUACACGCCAAUUGUUACGCUAAAAAUGGGAUCAUCGUUAAACCCAGACGACAUCAAGGAGGGUGAUGAUAUAUACUUCGACUGCCACAUACAGUCGAACCCGAAGCCGUACAAACUGGCAUGGUAUCAUAACGGUAACGAGUUACAUCACAACGUCGCAGCCGGUGUCAUCUUGUCUGAUCACUCGUUAGCUCUGCAAGGAGUUUCGCGAAGCCUGGCUGGCGAAUACACAUGCAAGGCUGCCAACACCGAAGGUCGAGGAACCAGCAAUAGAGUGGAGCUUCGUGUUCGCUAUGCGCCAGUUUGCGCAACGGACCGUGAAGAACUGCUCGGUGCACUCAAGCAUGAAACACUGCAGCUCAAGUGUGAGGUGGAUGCAUCUCCCCCGGCGGAGUCUUUUCAUUGGACGUUCAACUCAUCCGGUGAGCAAACAGAGCUACCGGCACGGCUCCAUUCCAGCGAGACCGGCUUAUCACGGCUUAAUUACACUCCCACGUCGGAUCUCGACUAUGGAACGAUAUCGUGCUGGGGCCGGAAUGCUAUUGGAGUGCAAAAAACGCCAUGUGUUUUCCAAGUGGUAGCGGCAGGGCGACCUUUUGCACUUCAAAACUGCACGAUAUCCAACCAAUCUUCCGACUCGUUACACAUCGAAUGCAUCGAAGGAUUCGACGGAGGCCUGCCACAGAUGUUCUUGCUGGAGCUAGUGGAAGUGCCCGCGCUGAAGCUAGUUAAAAAUUUAAGCUUACAGCAUCCUCCGGUGCAAUUUUUCUUAGAUAAUCUUGAACCGGGCACCUCGUACCGUAUCAUCCUGUUUGCGGCAAAUGCAAAAGGUCGUUCCGAGCCGGUGAUAGUAGAUGAUAUCACCUUCAAGGGAGUGGCCAAGUUUACUGGUGUAUCCAACGUUAUGAAUGUUCCUUUAUCGCCAGUAUUAGCCGCAUUAACACUUACGGUAGCGAUUCUGUUUGCUGUAGUCUGCAUCGUGCUGGUCACCAUCUAUCGACGACAUGCUAACAAGAAUUCGACUAAGAAACUUAAGUCUGCCAAAAACGCACAUCUCACCUCGACCCCGAUAGACUGCCAAAUUGAUUCAUCUGCACACCAUCAUCACCAUCACCACCAGACACAUGAUCCGAAUGGCAUCCAAACGCCACUAGUGGACGGAUGCGGGACUCUCGGGCGACGGAGCCCACAAAUGUCGGGUGAACCACCGGAUGGGGAUGAAACCGAUCCCGAUGUUAUACCCAAUCAAUACGAGCGAAGGCCUCCAAAAACCACUCUUCCAACACCGCUGUUCCGGAGUCCAUCCGCGCGUCUUAUUCACCGGAAUGGCGGUGAACACCUGCUCCACGAGGAGGAGCGCCAUUGUGAUGGAUCCAGUCUGGCUUCGCUGACCGGAUCGAACAAUGAAGUACAUCAUUAUUCAUUUAAGCCUAGCAAACAAAUUAGUUAUGCGACCCUCGGUCGAGCAAACAAUAGCAGCGGUUCGGUGCAGUCGACGCUGAGUCCCCUCAGUCAUCAGCCUUCGUCCACGUGUGCAACGCUGCCACUGCCAUCGAUUGUGGGUGGCGUCGGCGUCGGAGUGAGCAACCUCCUCAGCAGCCCGGCGUCCCAAUCGCUCGUCACGUCCACGCUCAAUGAGUACCGGUUUCGACCGGAAGUGGUUACGACAUCCAACCGAAUACAGGAAAGUUGUAUAUAAUAUUUUGUAAGGUGUAUAUUCGUACUUUGCUAGAUGUUUGCGGUACUUGUGGGUGCGUCCUUCUUCUCUAUAUGGGUUUGCAUAUUCAGUUUUAUAUGCGCGGUGGGACUGUCAGUUGAAAUUUUACGUUUGACUUAACUAGUAGAUAUUGAACGAAUGUGUGAGAGAUGUGGAGGAGCUAAAAUAGGCAAGUAAUACUCGAAUUUUAUUUUAAGUAGAUCCUCCUAAUGAAUUCAAGCUAAUGAAUUAUUGUGUACAAAUAGGUUUUAGAAACAUGACUUGUCGUAUAUCAAACAAUUGAGCAAGGGUGCAAGUGAAACUUAUGAAGUUUUAUCGAGAAUUUUUAAUAGCAAAUUUUUCCUGACGAGUGGUGACCUAUCUUUGUAAACUAUUAGAAACUAGAACAGUAUUAGAGGAAAAGAUUGAUUUUAACGUUCUAAUUAUCUGACUGUUUUCCUGGAAUAGCAAACUUCUCUAAAUACCUGCGUCGGAAAAGAAAAAAAUAGAUUUAAACAAAGCAAGAAAUGAAAACAUGGUUUGAGAAAUUGCGUUACUGACUGGACAAUAACCGCACACUGCUUGGAAGGAAAAUUAAAAAGUGAACUCGAGAUGGAUUCAAUCAUGAACACACGUGUAAUGAUGCAAUGAGCAUGUUCGACUGGAUCAUAUCAUUUUCUGUCAUGAAUUCUCAAUAUCCUAGAAAGGCUCCUUGAGCUAGAAAGAUAACAAAAAAGAUGGAAAAACAACCACCAAAAACUAUUUUAAGCCGGCAAAGCGAGGUGAAAUAUCAAGCAAUUCCGAUAGGCACCCUGAAUCUCUUAAUAGAUAGUGUUGGUUUUACAGCAACGACUGCGUCAACAAAGUAAUAUGUGCUAUCGACUAUUUAGUCAACAGAAAAUGCUAGGAUAAUUUUGUAAAACAGUAGCAAACACGAAGCAAAACGAAUAUAUUAAUAAAGUGAAUGUAACGAAUGAUGAUGUCAAGAAAACUGUGAACUCCAUAUAUGAUGAGAAAAAAAAGUCAAGGACAGAUGUCGAAAGUCUAAAUAAACAAAUUUUACCAAA